AAGGCGUUAGAGAGAGACCACACCUCUACCUCUUUCCUUUUAAAGAGAGAAAAUACAAUAAAAGGGGGUUAGAGAGGGAGAGAAAGCAUUCGUAGCUUUUUGUUAUCAUUUUCAGUGCUUUUGCAAUGGCCGAGACGGCUUUCGAUUACAUUAUUGUUGGCGGAGGUGUAGCAGCUGGGUAUGCGGCUAGAGAAUUUGUGAAACUUGGUAUUCAAGGGAAGCUAGCAAUUAUAUCUAAAGAAGCGGUAGCACCAUAUGAACGUCCUGCACUUAGCAAGGCUUAUCUCUUCCCUGAAGGUGCUGCAAGACUUCCAGGAUUUUAUGUGUGUGUUGGAAGUGGAGGUGAAAGGUUACUUCCCGAGUGGUAUGCUGAAAAAGGCAUUGAACUCAUUCUGAAAACUGAAAUUGUCCGAGCAAACCUUUCUGCCAAAACCCUAAGAAGUGCAGAUGGAAAGACUUUCAAAUAUGGUACCUUGAUUAUUGCAACAGGCUCUACGGUUAUAAAAUUAUCAGAUUUUGGUGUCCAAGGCGCUGAUGCUAAGGGCAUCUUUUAUUUGAGAGAAAUCGAAGAUGCUGAUAAACUUGUAGAAGCAAUACAAAAGAGUGAGGGAAAGAAAUGUGUUGUUGUUGGGGGAGGAUACAUAGGACUUGAGUUGGCGGCAGUGAUGAAGUUGAACAAAUUUGAUGUGACAAUGGUCUACCCUGAGCCAUGGUGCAUGCCCCGUCUGUUUACUUCGAGCAUUGCUGCUUUCUAUGAAGGAUAUUAUGAAAACAAGGGAGUCACGAUCAUCAAGGGGACAGUGGCUGUUGGAUUUGAUUCCGAUAGCAAUGGGAAUGUAAAGGUCGUGAAAUUGAAGGAUGGGAGAGCACUCGAGGCUGACAUUGUUAUUGUUGGUGUUGGGGCUAGACCAUUGACAAACCUUUUUAAGGGUCAGGUUGAGGAGGAGAAGGGAGGCAUUAAGGUCAAUGGAUUCUUUCAAACCAGUUUUGAUGGGGUCUACGCUGUAGGAGAUGUGGUAACCUUUCCAAUGAAGUUAUACAACGAAACAAGGAGAGUUGAGCAUGUCGACCAUGCAAGGAAAUCAGCUGAACAGGCCAUGAAGGCUAUCAAAGCAAGCCAAGAAGGAAAAACGAUUGAAGAAUAUGACUACCUUCCGUACUUCUACUCUCGCGCCUUUGAUUUGUCAUGGCAAUUCUUUGGGGACAAUGUCGGUGAAACUGUGUUGUUUGGCGAUGCUAAUCCUUCCUCGCCCAAACCCAAAUUUGGUUCAUAUUGGAUCAAAGAUGGCAAGGUUAUCGGAGUUUUCUUAGAGGGUGGAACUCCUGAAGAAAACAAGGCCAUAGCCACGGUGGCCAGAGUUCAGCCACCAGUGGAUAGCUUGGAUGAACUCCAAAAGGAAGGUCUCAACUUUGCCUGCAAAAUGUAAUAUGUUGAGGAAUGUUGCAAAUUUAGAUGGCAGUCUUCAUUUUGAUAGUCCACUAGUCUCUCUUACGUGCUGUCUUAAUCUGCAUGAUAUUGUCCUUAAUAAGGGUUCAUGUAUUGCCUGAAGUUGUUUGACUUUUUUGGUUUGUCUAUGGUUGGAUCAGCAUGAUAACAAUAUGUUGCUUUAUAAUAUGUAAUGUGCCAAUUAUGUGAGCAUAUAUUCCAGGGAAAAUGCAUUGAGGUGGAAAACUUGCUGA